UUGCAAGCAGUGACUCAUUCGUCGGUGCUCAGUGUCCCUGGGCUCCAAACUGCCGGGGCAGGAGCCGCUGGGCACAAUCCCCCUCUCUGGACUGUUCUCUAUGUAUUCUCUACGGUCUGACACAGUGCUCCUGUUAAAUCUGCACUCAAAGAGGGUUUUUAUUUCACCCCUAGUGAUGCCUCAGGUUCAAGACGCGGCUUGUCCCCUUCAAGAAGGUGCCUCUUCUAAGUUUGCAGUGAUUCAAGAUAUGGAGGGUGAACACAACUGGAAUGGUGAGAAUGCAGAGGAGUCCCUGAGUCACCAGGAUGGAUCAGAAACAAGGAAGACCCUCAGAAAACAUCUGGGCAAUUGGUUCAGAUCCCGCCGAGGGCUGACUGUGCUCCUGGUGCUGUCUGUGCUCCUGAUCCUGGCUUUGGUGAUGGCUGUGGCUGUGCUGGCAGGUGAGGAAGGAGCAGCUGCCUCAGCACAGAGGCAGCUCUGGGCACAGGGCUGGGCUCCCUGCUCCCUGUGGAGGGGAAUCCUCAGACGUUCUCCCUUUCCUUCUUCAGAAAGACUUGGAGAGAUUCCAGUCACACCCGGGGCUCCAGAGUUUCUGGCCUGUCCCGAGGCCUGGAUCGGGUACAACAGGGUCUGUUACUACCUCUCGAGGGAUGAGGGGACCUGGGAGCAGGCUCGGGAUCGAUGCUCCGAGCUCAGGGCCUCCCUGGCCGUGCUCAGCGACAAGGAGAUGGGCUUCCUCUUCCGCCUCAAUGGCAACCUGGAUUACUGGCUCGGGCUGCGGAGAUGGGGCGAGCGGCUGCAGUGGGUGGACGGCAGCAGCUACAACUCCUCAUGA